CGAGGUAGAAAUUUAUUUUAAAAAGAGUGACAUUGACGUUUAGCUGUGACAAUUUUAGAAGAUUUUACAUCUUACACUUAUGACAAAUAUUAUCAGCUGAAGGUGACAAAAUAUAUUUAUUUGAACACAAUUUGGAAUUUUUUCUUUGAUUUGGAAAAAAAAAGUACACGAAUUUUCGGAAAUGGCAUCCCCAACCGGUGGUACGACUCCCAUGGCUAUUGCUGGUCGUAUGGUUCGAGAACGUGAGCGUUUAAUUGGUAUGUCUGAUGAAGAAAGAGCAUGGCGUGCCAAAUGGUUAAAAGAUCAAGAGUUGCACCACGAACCAAAGCGAGUACCAGAACUAGAACGUCAUUUUAAAAACCCAAUUCGACGUUUCUACCGUGCACCUCUAGAUAAAUUAUGCGAAAUCCUUACUCCCACCAUUGGCUUUCAAAAAGCGUAUGGUGUCAGGUUUUUUUUGGGAAAAGGCUUAUUGGCAAUAAGUGGAAUUUAUUUAGGAGCUUACUAUUUCAAAUAUAAUGCAAAUGAUUGGACAAGAAAAGGUGGAUGGAGAGUCAUUUCAUCGCGCAGAGCUUGCAAUCCAGGAGAUCCAGGUUUUCCAAAGAUAUCUGAACGAAAUAAGCCAUCAGAUUAUGCCUCAAGAGGUUUCAAUAAUUCUCCAAUAUAAUUGUAAUUUUAUCGAGCUGAUAUUUACUAGGUCACAAAUAUAUGUACUACUACUAAAUUCGA